UUAACCUGGAGCAACAUUACAAAAUAUUUAAAUGAUUCAGCUGGACAUUAUGAGAGUAUAAGUGUCAUCAAUCGCGCUAAAAUCAUUGACGAUGCGUUUCAUUUGAUGAUGAAUCAUCAGAUCAAUGUAUCUGUAUUUUGGAAUCUGACGCAGUUUUUAUCGCAAGAGACAAAUUUUGUUGUGUGGUAUCCAAUGAUUAAAGUGUUUGAAUAUAUGUCGAUUACGAUUCCACUUUCCAAAGAAGAAAUUAAGUUCACUGAUAUUAUGGAAAAAUUUAGAAAAUUGUUGGAAAAGCCAUUGAAAACACUAGGAUAUGAAGAACAGCUGAUGGAAAAUGACUUUACUAAAUGUUUAAGACAAGAAAUUGUGAAAUGGGCAUGUACCCUCCAAUACGAUGAGUGCGAACGAUCAGCUCUUCGCAAAUUAGAGCAUCAUCUCGAGAAUCAUGAAAGCAGGCCCCUUUUAUCUUGGUGGAAACACUGGACAUACUGCAAUGGUUUACGAAUAGCUAAUUCUUCUGUAUGGUCACACGUAACAGACUUCUUGUUAAGAAAGCAUGACCGUAAAUUGUUAUCGUUCCUACCUUGUUCUGAAUAUGGUGCAUUUACUUCUUUAUCAUUUUUCGAGCUAUUCACAGAAGAUGAAAGACAUGAUAUUACGAUUAUUCGAUUACAAAUAGACGUUUUUCAUUCAAUUAUUAUGAAACAUUCUAACACAUACUCGAAAAGAUACUCAGAUUUUUAG